AUGCACCGUCAUCAACCUUUGAAGACGAUGUGCACCUUGAAGCAACAGUUAUCCACAUUCUUGCUUAUAUUAUGUCUAGCAGUAGUAUCUACCUCAGGCUUUGGUCCACAAAACUGGAAUAGAAAAAUCCGAUCGAGUCCAAUACGAGAUGAGAUUCAGAUUCGUGGCAACACACUUCUACAUGCAUUACCAUCUAAAAAGAAGAAGCUAAAGACCUUUCAACGAUACUUGGAGAUUGAAUGUUGGAAGCAAUCAAAUAUUCGUGACCUUGAACCUGUGCUUCAAGCUGUGGCUGAAUCCUGCAAGCAAAUCAAUCGAAUCAUUCAGCGUGCUCAGACAGACGACCUGUUUGGAGCAGCAACCGAUAAGGAUGGAGCCCAGCUGGAAGAGAAUGUGCAAGGUGAAGUGCAGCAGACUCUGGAUGUUCUGUGUAACAAGUUCAUGUUGAGGGCAUUUUGUGGCAGUGGGAAUUGUAUACAAAUGGUGGUCUCGGAAGAAGAGGAUGAAGCAAAAUCUUGUGCCGAUGUCAUGGCGGAUUCGGCAUUUGCAGUGGGAGAUUACAUUGCCGCGUUCGACCCCAUAGACGGAUCCAAGAACAUUGAUUCAUCCUUGCCUUUGGGGAGUAUCUUUGCUAUCUACAAGAAACAGCCGGGAUCUAAAGUUGAUACAUCAACUUUCUAUCAAGAUGGCACUGGAAUGGUAGCAGCUGGGUAUUGUCUAUUCUCUGCGAGCACAGUUUUAGUGUUGACAAUGGGGGCUGGUGUGGAUGGAUUCACACUGGAUCCAGAUAGCGGAAGAUUCCUUCACACACUAAAUGACAUUCGAAUCCCAAGAAAAGGAUCCAUCUACAGUUUCAACGAAGCCAAUUACCGCGACUUUGAGGAACCAGUGCAACGAUACCUGGAUUCGGUUAAGCAAGGAUCAUCAACAGCUCGGUACAUUGGCGCCCUAGUCGCAGAUGUUCACAACAUUCUAAUCAAUGGAGGUCUCUAUGGUUAUCCUGGAACGCGCAAAAAUCCUGACGGCAAGCUACGCUUAUUGUACGAGUGCGCUCCCAUGGCCAUGAUUAUGGAGCAGGCUGGUGGAGCUGGAUCCACAGGGACUGGUCGAGUGCUAGCCCUCAAAGCGACUGAAAUUCAUCAGCGAACACCAGUGUUCUUGGGAAGCGUGGAAAAUGUGUUUGAAUUGGAUCAAUUCUAUUCCUACUAUGGAGAUGAAAAUAAGGACGAGUAA